UGCUCCCAGUAGGUCUGCCCACCUGCCUGUUUUACGCAAUUGCGUGUCGUUAUUCCUACCCGGUCUUUAUUUACUAUCGGAAUUACAGUGUCGUUUGUGUUUCCGUUUAGCUGCGGUUAGUUCCCAGGGAAGGUUAUUAUAAUCUUUGCUUUAUUUAUUUAUUUUUUUAAGAUUUGGUGAAAGAUUGUACUACGUAAGGUAAGAGAACGAAGAAGGUGAUCGUUCAACUUAUUUGCUGAACGGUCAGGACAAAGCCAAGAAAACAAUAUAGAAUAAGGGCUCAAAAUCUUGGCCAAAUUUGUUUUAAUGGCUGGUUAGAACCCUAACGUAGGUAGAACACUAUGAUGAGACUGCUGACUUGGGAUGUUAAGGAUACACUGAUCCGUAUUCGGCACUCCGUGGGGGAGCAGUAUUACUCAGAAGCCAAGAGUCAUGGCCUUCGGGUAGAUCCUGAGAUUUUGAAUAAAUGCUUCCAUCUUGCAUACAGAAGGCAAAAAGAAAUCUUUCCUAAUUAUGGUCUGGGCAGUGGACUUAAUUCUAGGCAGUGGUGGAUAGACACUGCUAAGUUGACAUUCCGACUUUGUGGAAUUGAAGAAGAAAGAGUCCUCAGCCCAAUUGCUGAAAAGCUUUACACUGAUUUUUGCACUGCUAAAAACUGGGAGGUGUUUCCUGAUGUCCAGCCUGUGCUUACUGACUGCAAGAAGCUGGGCUUCAGAAUGGCUGUCAUUUCCAAUUUUGACCGGCGAUUGGAACAAAUCCUGCUACACUGUAACCUCCGCCAGUAUUUUGAGUUUGUAAUGACAUCUGAGGAGGCUGGCAUUGCAAAGCCAAACACUGGUAUUUUCCUGAAGACUAUAUCUGUGGCUGGUGUAGAUCCUAAGGUCACUACCCACAUUGGUGAUGAUUACUGGAAUGAUUACCGAGCAGCCAGAGAAGCAGGCUUUGAGAGUUACCUCCUCAAAAGAGAAGGAGACUUGAAUAGCCUUGAGGAUGUAGUACCAAUGGAAUAUGUCAUCCAGUCUUUAGAAGAACUUCCUACCAAACUAAUGAAGUUGUGUUAAAGUAAACAUAAUCUUUAGAAAAGUUGCAAAUACGGGAUGUUCAGUGAUUUGCUUGAUGGUGUUGAACUCGUGAAACGUAUAUGAAUUCUAAAGCUUUAACUUUCAGUUGUGGCUUAGAUGGAUUAAUAAAGAAUUUAAUGUUUUCGAGAA